UCAUUCAUUUUCCAACACAAUGCCACAGCAUCACGAGCUUUUUGACGCGACGAAGCGUGUGCCCAAGUUCCUUCGGCAUCUCUACCACAUUCUCACGGACGAAGACCCGGCCAUCAUUGCCUGGUCGCUCGACGGCCUCUCGAUCAAGCUCUACAACGUCCGGCGCCUCGAAGCCGAGGUCCUUCCCAAGUACUUUAAACACAACAAGCUCGCUAGCUUCCAGCGUCAGCUCAACUACUUUGGCUUCCGCAAGUGGACCAAGACGCAAGCAUGCGUGUGCACGUUCAGCCACCCGCAAUUCACGCGCGACGCCGUAACACCGAGCCGCAGUGAUGUAAUAAGCGAGAAUGACAACCAAGCGGAGCUUCGAAGCCCCGAGUGGUCCACGAGUAUGGGUGACCCGCUGAGCGAGACCGACGACAUGGAUGCAACUCUGAGUCCUACGGACUGGGACAUUUGUCUGCAAGUGCUUUCGGCGCCGUCCGCCCUCGACUGGAUCAGCCCCGUCGAGCUCGACCACGUCAUGCUGGCCAGCGACAGCAAGGAGGCUCAGGUCUUGUGGUCCAACAACGUUUGGCACUAGAGCUUUGCAUGCACCUCCACCCCAUUGUACUACGAUCCAUAUUUAAUCGAAUAAAACGGCAACUUUGAGUCAGCUUGUAAUGAUUUCAACGCGAACGCGUUUCGAACCAA